GGAAUGUAUUCUGGAGAGAUAUCAACUACCUGCUCCUACUUUUAGGAAGGUGUACUUAGUCUUCAAAGAAUCUGUUUGCUGAGUUGAUACUCGUAGUAUAUCUGUGACGUUAUUUGCUUCGAGUCUUGGGUAUGAUGAUCAUGAUCCUGAGGUCUGAGAAAACCUAAACUAGGUAGCCCUAGCUGCUCGAGCUCUAGAAAGUCGGAGUUCAUAGUUUUAGCUUUCUAGUCGUUUUAGCAUACCCAGAGUCACUUUCAGCUUCAUGGAUAUUCGAUUGCAAAGACACAAAAGACGUGACAUCAACUAACACCACCCAGGGGUGACCAUUCUUGUUCAAAUAUUGUAGGCACCCCAAACCACGAGAUAAGUCAAUGUGCUGAAUUUAACGCAAAAAAACCUGAAAUUAGUGAUAGAUAAUUAAAAUUAGUGAUCAUAAACUUAAACAUAAUCUCCGGCUUCACGUUCACCAUUGACCCCGCCUUGGAUGGUCUGAAUCUUAAUCGCUUUCUUGUACUCCUCUUAUUUUCAGUAGAUUAAAUAUAUGAUCAAAGGUUCUUCGGUCUCGUUGUCUGAGUAAGAGUAUGACUCUUUCAACAUAACAAAGAAUCUACCAACUUCAACAUGGAAAAUUGUAAUAUUGUAAAAUAGUCGGUCAACAUUGUCAUGGGCUACAAGAAAGACCUGGUACUCUGAAACCCCGGUGGUCAUACAAAGAGUUUUUCUUUUCCUAGUUAUUAUGGUGGACCAUGAGACAGCACGAGAGCUGUUGGACCGUGCGUAUGGUUCGGGAGAGGCAGUGCGCAACGAAAUUUCCGGUUUUGUUUUCGAUCGGCCUUGUGAGGGAGGGUUCGUCGACAGUGGAAACUUGCAGUAUGGCGAGGUCACAGUCAACGGCAUGGCGGUCGUGUUCCGACAACUAAAAUUGCGCCCUGGUGACACCUUCUACGACUUGGGGAGUGGCGUCGGCAAGCUGCCGUUGUACUGCUACCUUCGGAGCGGCGCUGGCUUUCUUUCCAAGUCUAUUGGUGUGGAAGUAGGAGAAAGACGCCACGAACUCGCUCUCAUGGCCAAGACCAGGCUUCGCAAGGUUUUAGGGUUCAACCAUGGAGCUUUGCUCCAAUCCGCCAGUACAUCCACUUCUACCAGUGGAGCAGUAGAUGUGGACUCUUCAUCCUCCCUGGCUGCAUGUGGAAAAUCGUUGGACACAACAUGCUCCUUCGAAAAGGCAGAUAUUUCGACGCGGCGAUACCUAGACGCCAACGUCGUUGUAUUGUCAAAUCUCCUAAUGGACGGAAGCGUUCAAAAACGGACGUUGGAUCAGCUCUUUCGAUGCCCCUGCUUUCGACGCCUAGCCACAGUGCGCGUUGUCCAUCACCCGAGGCUGCAUUUGAACAAGUAUUAGAACUUACUUAGAGGAACAAAUAUAUUGAUCUAACCCUAUUAUUGAGGGAGAUUGAUAUCAGAUUUAAGUUUGUUAAGGGGACGAAGUUUUCCUGGUUGAAAUUUGUGGUCUCGUCUACUUUUAUUGUAAUUUAUUGAAAUAUUCCUGGUGGUUUACAUACUUAGUACGCUAUAUCUAUGAUUCUCUAAAGCCGUCGGCAGCCCGACUUCCAUUUUACACUUUAUCUUUAUCGACAAGCUGAACGUCUUCUUUUCAUCAGGUGUGUUCAUGUGGAGUGCACUUGGGCCCGAGUGAGCUCGUGGCACAUCUACGACGUGCUGCCGGCGACUCAGGUUUCAAAGCUACCUCGGUCUUUUUUGAUUCCUGCCCAGCGACUGAAGGUGGAGAAGGUGGAGCCUGGGGAAGAAAUAGAGGCUGUCUCGCCUGCAACGUCUCCGUCCUCGCCACUUCAUGGGAGCGCAAUAAGCGGCUUGGUCGCAAACGUUGCGAGGAACAUUCUUGGACAUACGCUUGGUACGACUGGGAAUCGUGUGUCCACCCCCACGUCAACAACACAGGUUGGAGGAUUCGCACAACCAGUAGGAAUGAGCGCUACGACUAGCGCGCCGUUUUUCUCAGCAUCAGCUGAGCGCUCAUUGGUCAGGGCUGCCAAGAAAAGCACGAGCAAUGGCAGCUCGCCCACCAUUUCCAUGUCGCCUCAACUGAAUCACCGAGCCGCGUCCAUUAUCCGUAGAGGUGGCGGCUCGACGACUGCCUCACCUGCUGGCGGAGAUGGUAACAAAGCGAAAAAAGUAGCGGACACCAACGUGCUGGUUGUUGGAUCAGUCACUCCAGUAUAUGCAGCUCUUGCGGGCAACCGACCAUCUCUUCCCACGCAUAAAGGCAACACUAAAACAGCAGCGCCGCAAUCUGACAUCGCAGGAGUGCGAACAACCAAGAAAAAGGUGAGUGAAAUCAUGAGUCGCGGGGACGUACACCAGGCUUCAACAGUGGUUGCUAAGGGUGAUCAUCUUGGCGCUUCGAUUGAUGACGCCACGGGUGAUGGUCUCUUCGGCGGAUUCGGUACAAGGGAUCUUCGUACACCACCAGGUUUGCUAAAUGUCGAGACCCUUCAGCGAGAAGUGAGCAUGCCAGCGCCGGACUUGCAGCUAAUCGCAGCCCUUGCUGCUAGCACCUCAUCGGCGACGAUGCUCAAUGAGGAUGGCACGAGACCGGAAGCACCGCGGUACAUGCGCGCGCGUACAUCGGGUGCGUCUCCGCGACUCAAAUCGAAAAACAAAUACAACUACUCCUCAUGAAAGACGAUCAUGAUAUCGUCAUGUUCGUGCAGAGCUAAGGAAAUCUAACAGGUAAAAUAACCAGCAGACGAGGAGCAGGUACAUCAAUGACUUCUGUUUCUGACCCGAAGCUCCGCACAGGAUGUAUGACAACUUAGUAGAUUUCAUCCUGAUGCCACUCGUACUCAGUAACUGCUUCACAGAAAAACAUCGCCAUAGCAUUCGUCUUGUUGAAGAGUCGAUUCGGUUAAUAAUCUGUGGAGGUAGGAUUUACAUUUAGCUUUCCUGAUUUCUCAUGAUGUCCUUCCCUUUCCCUUCCUUUAUGCUGCCCACUUCUUUCUUAAUGUUAUAGUAAGUUUUUUCUUAUUCCUUUCAUCGUGGACCUGGACGUGCUGGUGGACGUUUCUAUCCACAUUGUAUGGACAUGAACGACUACUACAUAUGGAUAAUCGUGGAUUCACAUCAUUUGGACUUGGAUAACUGGUAGGUCUGAAGUAGAAGUUUUUGUAAUUCCGUAUCUAUAAUAAUGAGGCUUAGCCGGACCUCGGAGGAAUGCGGCGGCGGUGCUUGUCGCAUUAUUCAUCAAAUGCGGAUGAAAAUCAAAAUAUUUGCUGUGAUGGGUGGGGGGACUCGGAAUAGCCGACACCCCACAUCACCUGCUAAGGGCGAAUUUACUCCUUAUGACCCGAAUUUUUCUUCUGUCAAUCAUUCUCUCUGAUUCUAAAGACAUAUUUAUAUUUACAAAGUCAAGACCAUGACCAGCACGACAGCGCGUUCAAUAUAUGACGCAACAAGUUGAAGUUCAUACUAUAGGGUCAACACAUUCUUGAAUAGUGAAAAAAGUUCUUGAAGAAGAUGUACUAGUAGUUCAUCUUGUUCAUCUUGUUAAAUCAUGUGCCUUCGGUAGCCUAAGCGCAUGUUGGUCAUCUUGGUCACAGUAUGUGAAUCAAUCAUGUAGUUGUACUAGUUCUUAAUCUACUUCAUGUACAGCACUAGCACAAGCAGAAGCACUUAGCUCUUAGCAUAAAAUAUGAGAUUGGUCAACAUGCUCAGUGUAGUCUGCGGGUCCAUUUGAGUUUUAAUAAUACUUAUCUUUUUUUGAAAAUGAUGUCCUCCACGUCUACUUCACAACAUUGCACUUUCGAGUUCCACAGGAGCUCGUAGUGGGCGAGACCGAGACACUGAUUGAGAUGGUUUAUUUGUCAAUCAUCUAAAAAAUAAGAAUCUCGAAUAUGUUUGCAAGAACUGCAACAAAAAGUCAAAAUCUAUCGUAUCGAUGUAGCCUUC